AUGUUUGCAGACGACACUAAUGUUUCCACACCAGCAGAAUCUUUAGAAGAAUUACAGGUUCACUUGAACAGUGACCUUGACAAUAUUCACCAAUGGUUGGUAGCAAACAAACUAACACUAAAUGUCUCUAAAACGGAAUAUAUGAUCAUUGGCUCUCACUCUAAGCUGAGCAAGAUCACUGAAAAUCCAAUGAUUAGAAUAGGUAAUGAGUUUCUUAACAGAGUUAACACAACAAAAAGUCUUGGCGUAAUCAUUGACGAUAGGUUAAGAUGGGAGGACCAUAUUGACAGUAUCAGCAAAAAGGUUUCACGUGGAAUAGGUGCAAUAAAAUUAAUAAAACCUUUUGUUCCUGAGAGUAUUUUGAAACAAAUUUAUAAUGCACUUGUUCAGCCUUAUUUUGAUUAUUGUUUUCUUGUAUGACAAAAUUGUAACUUAAUGUUACAAUCAAAACUUUAAAAUAGGGCUGCAAGAGUAAUUACUGGAGAUAGCUGGGAAAUAUGUUCCACAGAUGUCCUUAGUAAACUAAACUGGCGUCCCUUAAAUCAGUUAAGAUUAGAAGGAAUGCUUUUAUUCAUGCGUAAAGUACUGAAAAACGAGGUUCCUAAUUCAAUAACAGAGCAGUUUCAAAUUGCGGUAAAUGACCAAUAUAAUUUACAUAGUAAUCACAUUAUGCUGAUGCUUCCAAAACCAAGAACAAAUGCAAUGAAACGGAGUUUUAGCUAUCAUGCAGCUAAGAGAUGGAAUAAUCUCCCAUCUGAGCUUAAAGAUCUCACAGUCAAUGAUAAUAUUUUUAAACGCAUUUUACAUGAUUUUAUUUGUGAAAAUACUUCAUUUUUGACAAACUAUGCAAGUUAUCAGUAAUUUCGCAUAUAUGCAUUUAUUUUUGUUAGUUCAUAUAUAUAGUUAGAUUAGAUAAUUAAUUAAAUAAUAAUUAAGUUAUAAUUAAGUUAUAGUAAUUAGUAAUUAGACUUUGUUAAACACGGCCUUAUGAAAAGCAACCUUUUAGAAAACGUUAGAAAAUAUUGUAUCUUAAUUUCAUUAGUAGAAAGCAUUGUAUAUAUAUAUAUAUAUAUUUAUUUUUAUUCUUUGGUUGAUAAGUUACCGUGUAUAAAUAACAUUAAAUAAUAAUAAUAAUAAUAGUUGUCAUGAUCCCAUAAACAAUGUAGAAGAAACAGUUACAACUGAGCUUGAAUCGAAAUCAGAAGUGGAACCCAACAGUAAAAGCCAAAGUAAUAUCAAUGACUUUUUAAAUCCACAUGUUUAUGCUGUAAAAGAAUGUAAUGCAACAGAAGUUGAGGGUUCUGUUCACUUGUCAAAUCGAAGCAAUAGAAUGGACACUGUUCCUGAAUUGCCAUCGGCAACAGAUAUUGCAGCAGAAGUGGUUAAGCUAAUGAAAGAAAUGAAAGUAGAUGAUACUUUUGAAGAGAAGCCAAAGGAACUUUUGGACAAACAGCAAAUUGCCAAUGAUCUAGACGAGUGGCGAAAAAUCAGAAGUAUAACUGAACUCGCAACCCAAGUACCAUGCUUAGAGUUCUUCUAUGACGAAGUUAUGUCUGAGAGUGUGACAUGCUGUGAAGUAUGUUUCAAAGCCUCUACAGGCAAAGAAAAUAUAAAAAAUAUGUCUCCAUAUGAAAUUGCUCGAAAGAAAAAUCCAUUCAACCAUGGGGAUCCAGUGACGGGAAUAUGGAAUGGGAAGGAAAGGACACAACAAUACCUUAAAGGUGGAAAUUCUUCUUGGAGAUUAUUGAAAUCCGUCUUUAGAUCACAUUUGUUAGGCAUCUCAAACACCAGCCAUGGAAAACAUCAUUAUCUAGCUAUGAAAGAACUUGAAAGAGAGCAGGAAUGUAAGAGGAAAGCACUUGAAGCAACGAAGAACUUAGUUAAGUGCAUGGCAAUAAAUGGCAAUAAAUUUUUUUAUUGCUUUAUCUGAAAGAGCAUGAAAAAAUAAGCCGAUUGGCCGUUUACUGCUCUAUUCUAUCUCAUCUGGUUCCGAAGUUAUACGCAAAAAUGUGCAAAAUAUAAAUUGCUGAUUCAGCACAAUGUGUGACGUCAUUGGUCUGAUUCAGCACAACGUGUGACGUCAUUAGCUGGGUAAGUAUGUUUAUUGAAUACUACACUGAAGCAUAGCUCAGUUAUUAUGGGCACAAAUCAAGUGAAAUUUUGGAUACUGAUUGUACAUGAUGAGGCGCAUUGAAAAACACUUCCAAAUUUUGUUGCCAAGGUAACAAUGUCGUUCCCAGGCCCCUUGCGCCAAUUUUAUAAAACAGCUUUAUUCAUGGUACUUAUAAGAAUAAAAUAAUGUCAGAAGUAUGUGUAGCAUACCUAUACAUGCCAAAAGUUUACUUGCAUAAUAAUAAUUCGAAAAUGACAUACACAUAGAUAAAUGCAACUAGUUAUUCAAAAUCAGUGUAAGGGGCCUGGGAACGACUGCGUUGCCUUGACAACAAAAUUAGAAGUAUUUUCCCAUGCGUCUCAUCAUGUACAAUCAGUACGCAAAAUGUCAUUUGAUUUGAGCCAAUAAUAACUGAGCUAUGCUUCGUUUACUAUUCAUUAAACAUACUUACCCUACCAAUGAUGUCACACGUUGUGCUGAAUCAGCAAUUUAUAUUUUGCACAUUUUUGCGUAUAACUUCGGAACCAGAUGAGAUAGAAUAGAGCAGCAAACGGCCAAUCGGCUUAUUUUUUCAUGCUCUUUCAGAUAAAGCAAUAAAAAUUUUUAUUGCCAUUACCCUUUAAAGCAGCUUCAACACACUAUGAAACUCUUGUCACAUAUUUAGAUGACUGUGGUGUUGACAUUGGACAGCAGCAACACAGUCGGAAACAAAUGCUUGCUAUGCUUGUUGCUGCAGAGGACAUUGUUGACGAGAAAACAACAAAUGUUUUAAAGACGGAGCUCUUGUGCACUCAAGUGUAUCCUCAUUUCUUUGGCGUGUUGGAUAAAGGUACAGUGAAUCGACGAACUAGCCAGGCGUCAUAUAAUGUCUUCAUGUACAAUGGAAAACGCUGUGCCUAUCCUGUUGGUGUGCCACUUGUUUAUACGAGAAAUAAUGAAGGUGAAGAAUCAUCUGACUCAGAGGAUGAAAAUGAAUCGGAGGAGGAGGAAGAAUUUCCUGAUGUUAGCGGUGGAAAUGCCCCAGAACUUGCCAGUAACUUCCUGAACACGAUAAAGUUGAAAUUGAAGCUUGACGAAGAGGAUCUUACCAGAUACUGUGGUACAUCCGCUGAUAGUCCAUAUCAAGCCUACGAGUUUGGUUUUACCAUACAGGGAGAGACGGGACAACAUAGAAUUCCCGAGGAAUUGCGGUUUUGCCAGGCAGCAAUUUGGGAUGCUACUCAUCUGUUGAAUUUAGCAGCAACUGACAUAAAAGAAGAAACGUUUGGAGAAAGUCAAGAUUUCUUUACCAAUUUUAUCAAGAGAGCAAAUGAGUUCAAUCACAUGAUGGGAACAGAGAAAGGCUUUGCACAACUUGAACUGAGUGCAAAAAACAGCUCAAAAGGAAUUACUGGUAUACCAAUAAAGAUUUUAUUGCUUCCUGCACUUGAACUAUAUAAAUAGAUAGAAACCUACUGGGAUUUUCCCGGGAAUUUUGUAAUCACAUGAUUGUAAUGUGCGGGAAAACGGAUAGGAGUUCACGGUAUUUAGUUGAACUAGAAUGCGGGAUCGGUUCAUUCUGCUCUGCACGUUGGCUGCAAAACAUCUCCAUCGGAAAUCAAGUUUAUCUCAAAUCAGGUAUUGUUUAAUUUGUUCAAUUUUUAAUAUCAUUAUUGUUAUAGUACUAGAGUAUAUUGUUCAUAAUGUCGGGGCAAAGAUCUGUUGCAAAAAUCCUUGUUCUCGGCCAUUCUUUUGUUCGUCAUUUAUGUGAGGACUUAGACGCGCGAUUUGAUCAUAAUUUUCGAGUCCUAAUUUUCAUCUUCCUGAGUCGGGAUACGUUCACUUACAGGGCACAGGUGGCCGAACAGUGGACAAAAUUAUGCAGCAUGACCUUCCGUUCGUCCAACACUUUAAGCCAGACAUAGUAAUUCUGGAAGUUGGUACGAACGACCUAUCGAGUUGCGCCCCAGAGGUUGUAGGCUCGAAAGUUGAUGAUCUUGCGCGCCUUUUCCGCGACAAAUACAAGUUUGCAAUGUCAUCAAUCGAAAUGUCCCAUAUUCCUGUUCCCCAGCACCAGACCAGGGUUUUAACGCCAAAGCCGCUCGUUUGCGGCAAUAUUUGUCUGUUGUGCUUGCUGAGGAGCCGGAUAUUUUUCUUUGGGAGCAUCGAGAAUUUUUAUACUCAAAUCGUGUUUUGCUAGCCAAAGACGGCGUGCAUUGUAAUUCCAAAGGGCAGUAUUCUCUUUACCGCAGCUAUCAGGGAGCUAUUUUGCGGGCGUUAGGGAAAUUAUAAGUUUAUUGGCUUUAAUCUUUAGUAACCUUGAAAUUAUACAUAAUAUAUCUUAUAUACGGAUACCAUACUGUGGUAAUUUAUUUCGUAUCUACAAUUUGUUAAUUGUUUUUAAACCAUAUUUUUGUUAGUGGCACUUAAUUCCACUUCUGACAAUUUUAUCUGUGCAUGGGAAGUUUUAUUUUGUUAGCCUUGUGCUACAGCUAUUCAUUUGUGUAUUAUACCCCGUCAUUCAUCAUAUUACCAAUUUACUUCCCAUUGUUACAGUUUUAUGUUCAUUUAUAUGGGCUAGAGUGACUUGCUGUUUUCAGAUGCCCACGUUGAGAUUUCAACAUUGGGUUUUUUCUUCACAGGACGUCUGUCACGGUUGUUUGUAUACGUCUGUCACGGUUGUUCUCGUCGGAGUCUAACCUUAUUGUGUCACUGUGGCCGUAUAUAUAAUUUGCUACUGCUGUUCCUGUGUUAGGAAAAAUGCAUGUCUACGUGGGAUAGAGCGAUUAUCGUUUUCAGAUGUCCACAGUUGAAAUCAAUAUAUUGUGGGACGGUGCAGCUUGUUGUUUUCAGAUUGCCCGAAUAUUUAUAUAUUUUGCAGCAUUGUAUAAAUGGAAUAUUCAAUGUGCGGCUACCUCAGAUGUAUGCCAGGAUUAUUCCGCUGCGUUGUGUGUUGUCUGCCCACUUCAUUUUGUUGUAACGUUUACAUAUAUGUCAAUACUUCUAACGUUUCCAAUGUUGGCAUCAUGCACAGUUUUACGAUAAUUUAAUUUUGCAUGUUUUCGUUCUUUUAGUCUUUUCUUUCAGAAAUAUGCCUGCAACACGGCCAAGUACUCGAGUUCAACGACGCGCUCAGCCUAUUGCACCACGUCCUGCAUCAUCUCGACACUGUGCAUCAACAACAACAGCCACAUCUCUACCAACAACGGCCACAUCUCUACCAACAACGGCAGAUGAAGGUAACAUCGAUCACACUUCCGCCGCCAUUGUUACAACAAGUUCAACGCCAACUACAGGAGCAUCUCUGUCCGAAGCUACCGUUCAACAGAUUGUCUCGGCGGUAUCACAGGCUGUUCUCGCGUCUUUAAAUGCGACAGGUGCGACUUCGCAGUCAACGUCGGCCUCGGAGACUCGGGAAUUGCCAGUGGUGGCGUCAGGUAUUGUUUCGCUUUCAGCAGAUGCUACCUACGCAGGGGCAUGUAGCAUCUGCUUUACAGCAUGUUUCAGGUGA